ACCCAAUCUCCACGAAGAAGAACGUAUUCGCUAACGCCGCAUUUUCGAAAUGGCAUAUCUCGAGUUCAAGUUUGAGGACGAAAUAACUAAAUACAUUCGGGAACAAGAAUUGGCAACGUCACUGAAAUUCGUAAUAUUGGGAAAGGACAAAAGUUUUGGACAAAAGGAUGCACAGCCUUUGGCACGGAAAAAACUCAGCUGGGAGAGUAAAAGUAUCCCGUUCAACGGUGUUCCGUUUCAAGUUGUUGGCACAAAGACGUAUGAAUGCCACCAGGGCAAAGACAGACAGACAAAAGCCAAAGAGAAAUAUGCUGCUGAAAGAGACAAGAAGGAACUUGAAGACCAUUACUUUGUAAAGAGACGGAAACUGGUACAAAAUACCAAAAAGGUGGACUGCAAGGCUAUAAUAAACAUCGCCCAAGUUAUCCGCUUUCCUGAUUUUAAGAUUGAGGAAAGUACAGUGCGCUCUAAAAAGGAGGCCUCCCAAACUCUGAAGGCAGCACUAAGUGAAACACCCAGCUCCGUGAAGGCAGAGGUUGUCUACUGCGUCAGGUUCCCCUCCCUCUCUGAGCACAGCUCACAUGCAGUUGAUGGCGAGGCAGCUCAUGUUAGGGAAGCUGUAGAUGCCAGGCUGAGAGAGAAGAUUGAGCAGCUGACUCUGUCUGGUGUGAGAAAGAUGACUGAAAUGAAGUGUCAUCUGAACACCUUUGUGGUGGAAGAGCUUUUCCAUGGAGAGCAGCCCCCUCCACCUACUCGCAGGCGCUAUUACCCCACUGACAGUGACAUAAGAAAUGUCAUGUUUAAGACCAAGCGGGCCACCGGAGACUCCAACAUUGACCGUCCAUACGAAGGUCCAUCUGGAAGACGAAAGAAGAGGUCCUCUAGGAAGCUGUUGCGGUUACGGAGGCAAUGUGCAGGAUAUCUUAAAGAGAUCACAGAACUCACUUAUCAUCUCCAAGAGGAACAGUACGUGACUGACCUGUCUUCACAGCUCAGAAGCGUGCUGCUGGAUAUGAAGGCCCAUGUUCCACAGGAUAAAGACCUUCCACUGACCUUUUCUCCAAGGAAGAGAAAAGCUGAGAUGGACAUGGACCUCAUUCCAACCAAGAGUGCAUCACACCCUUUCAUAGAUGGGUUAGAACAGCAUACAGAGGACAUAGUGAGUGUGGAUACCUUGUUGGCAUUGAGCCUAGGGUAGUAAGGCUGAGUGGAUACUUUGUUGGCGUUGAGCCUAGGUUAGUAGGGCUGAGUGGAUACCUUGUUGACAUUGAGCCUAGGUUAGUAGGGCUGAGUGGAUACCUUGUUGGCGUUGAGCCUAGGUUAGUAGGGCUGAGUGGAUACCUUGUUGGCGUUGAGCCUAGGUUAGUAGGGCUGCAUGGAUACCUUGUUGGCAUUGAGCCUAGGUUAAGUAGGGCUGAGUGGAUACAUUGUUGGUAUUUAGCCUAGGGCUGAUGACUGGGUGGGUUCUGCCACCAAUUGAGUAUAUUUUGGGUAGUGUAACUUUUUUAUUUCAACUAAUGUUAAUAUUCUGUUAAUGUAACAGAUGUGAAAUGGCUUGCUAGAUUAAAGUUAUACUGUUACAUUAACAACUUCAUAAAAACAUGUUUUCUCAUCUCAAGAUGUAAAACAAAUACAUGACUAUAGUAAGUCAUUUAGGAGGCAUAUAAACACACUGUUCCACUCAUCUGCAGCUACUCUCUACUUUAUUGUAUUAUGGUCUGUCCUGAUGCCUAGUCACUUUACCCUGCACAUUUAUCUCCUUGAUCUGGUACUUCCUGUAUAUAGUUGCACAUUUAUCUCCUUGAUCUGGUACUUCCUGUAUAUAGUUGCACAUUUAUCUCCUUGAUC